GGCAGGGUGUUGCGGCAGAAGCUGUGGCGGAGUACGCGGGUGCUGGAGACGGUCAGCGCUCACCCCGAGCAGCUCCUCAGUGUUCAAGAGGGACUUGCUUCUGAAUUGUCCAACUUAACAAAGGCUCUCUAUGACUUCCAUAAAUCGGAGGCUGUUCUUGGUGUUGGAAGCCCUCUUAAUAAACUUAUUACUGAGAAUUUUGAUGAGGAGCAAAUUUGGCAGCAGAUUGAACUUCAGAACAGUGCUGUUCUUGACCACUUCAAGAAGGCAAUCAGUGAGACUGUGAAGGACAAGGACUUAUAUAUUUUUCAGGUUUCUGAAGAGGAGGAGGAAGAGGUAUCUGAAAAUCCUAAUGAGGAAGAAGACCAAGAUGGAGGAUCUGAAGAAGAGCCUGAACCAAUCUCUGACCAUCAUGACAUUAAAGGAAGUAAUCGUAGAUUAUCUGAUAGUAAAAAUACUAAAAAGACAUCGGUGGUGGAAAGAUUCAGCGAUGAUGAUUCGGAUAUGGACUUUGAUAUUGAUAAACUGGAACAACAAAGCAAGAAAAAAAUCAGUAAAAAACCUCUGAAACAGCCAGCUGAAAAGUCCAUUGUGGAUGACCAGUUCUUCAAGCUGUCAGAAAUGGAGGCUUUUUUGGAGGCAGCUGAGAAGGAAGAUGGUAGGGAUGAUGAUGAUGAUGAUGAGGAGGAGGAAAUGGAUUAUUUUGAAGAUAUUGGAUCUGAUUUUGAUGAUGAUGAUGAAGAUGAAGAGUUCCAAAUGGGAAACACAAAAAAACUGUUAACGAAAAGUGCCAGGGACCUUCAGUAUCAAGAUUAUUUUGACCCAGUAGAUGGGGAUGAGAAUGAGACAGACCGACAUCUUGGUGAAGAAGAAGAAAUUGAAAAGUCAGAUGAAGAAGAGGAAGAAGGGGGAGAACAUGAUGAGGAGGAGGACAAAGAAGAACUGAGUGAAUUGGAUGAGGACGACGAAGAGGAGGAUAUGAUGGAGGAAACGGAAGAAAGUAAAAGGGCAAAGCAGGCCUUCAAGAGGGUGACCUUUGACCUUUCAGAUGGUAGUGAUGGAGAAGAUGUUGGUGACAUACUUGGUGGCAAGAAGAAUCAAGAAAAACCUCUGGAAUCAAAGUCCUCAUUUGAGAAGAGGGAAGAGAAGAUGAGUGAGAAGAUUCAGACACUCCAGAAACAAAUGCUUGGAGAGAAAUCCUGGCAGCUGAGCGGAGAGAUAACUGCACAGAAGAGGCCUGAGAACAGUUUGUUGCCCGAGUCCUUGCUCUAUGACCAUGCCACCAGAAUGGCGCCCACAAUCACAGAGGAAACCACACUACAACUGGAGGAUAUUAUCAAACAGAGGAUAAAAGAUCAGGUGUGGGAUGAUGUGGUCCGCAAGGAAAAGCCAAAGGAAGAUGCCUUUGAGUAUAAGAAGCGGCUUACUCUGGACCAUGAUAAGAGCAAACUGAGUCUAGCAGAGGUUUAUGAACAGGAGUACUUGAAACUUAACCAAAAAAAAGUGGAAGAGGAAGAAGAUCAAAAGCAUGUAGAAAUACGGAAAUCAAUGGACAGCCUGUUCCUGAAGCUAGAUGCUUUGUCAAAUUUCCAUUUCACACCAAAACCAUCUAUUCCAGAAAUUAAGGUGGUAUCAAAUCUCCCUGCAAUCAGUAUGGAAGAGGUGGCAGCAGUGGGAGUGAGUGAAGCAGCUCUCCUGGCUCCAGAAGAAGUCCGAGAGAAGAACAAAGCUGGAGACAUAAAAACAAAUGCUGAAAAAACAGCCACAGACAAGAAGCGUGACAGACGGAAAAAGAAGACCGUGAAAAAGUUUAAAAUAAAGGAAAAAGAGAAACGUCAGAAGCUGGCAGAGAAACAGAGAGAGGAGAAGGGGAAGCAGCCAACAAAACAAGCGGCAGAAGCCAACAUCAAGAAACUUGCCAAGGAAGGAAAGGCCACUGUGCUGAAGGAUGAAGGGAAGGAUAAAGCACUGAAGUCAUCACAAGCAUUCUUUUCUCAGCUGCAAGAUCAAGUCAAAUCUCAGAUCAAAGGUGCCAAGUCUGCACACAAGAAACCAAAGAAAAACAAAGAACUGUCUGCCCACAAACUUAAACUCUAA